AUGCCGACAAGCACAGGUGAACCAUUCUUACCACAACCAAUUCCUCGAGUACUUCGUGUGCCUAGAUCGAAUCUUCAACAUUAUGAUUCUGAAAAUGUAAACUCAACGACAUCGACUACAAAUGCAACUGUUAAUUAUGUAUUGUGGAGUUUUGAUUCUGUAACAACAGACACAUACGGUGUUUACAAUGGUCAGUUGGUGAACGGUGCAACGUAUUCUUCAAGUUCUACUACACUUCCAUAUUUGGGACAAGGUCAUGCGUUAAGUGUAGCAGCAUCACAAAAUCAAUCAUUUCAAGUUUCAACUCCAUUCUUGAAUCUUGCUUCCACAAGUUUUACUGUUGAAGCUUGGAUUUAUUCAACAAUUGUGACUGGUGACAAUGGUCUUAUGGGUCAAUGUCAAUGUACAUCAUGUUCCAAUCAAUGUUUUCAUUUUUUGAUUCGAUCGAGUAAAUUAUAUGUUGGAUUUACAUUGAAUGAUAUCAAUGGUUUAACAACGAUAACAGUUGGUACUUGGUAUCACGUUGCUUUUGUUUAUAAUUCUGUGACACAACAACAAAUCUUGUAUUUAAAUGGAGUUCAAGAUAAUAUCAAGUCAAGUUCAUCUGCUUAUCAAGGAACAAAUGGAACAUUUACAAUCGGUUCUGCAAGUUACUUUCCAGUAACAACUUUUUUUAAUGGUUAUAUAGAUAAUGUUAAAAUCGAGACACGAGCAAAAUCCGCAGCAGAAAUCUUAACUGCUGCAUCACUAAUUGCCUAUUAUUCAUUUGAUUUACCUUAUCCAACUCAUGAUAAUGGUCCAAACGGAUUAAAUGGUUCAUCAACAAAUGCAGCAACAGUUACUGGACGUGUUAAUCAAGCAAUGCAAUUCACUGGUUCAUCAUCUUAUUUUCAAGCAUAUGGAUUUUAUCAAGCCGGAUUUGGUGUCUAUUCUAACAAACCAUUUUCAAUUGCACUGUGGAUAAGUGUAUCCUCAUAUUCUAGUUGUGCAUUUGUUCAAAUGUCAUCAUUUUAUAAUACUACUCCAUGUUUCAAUAUGCUUGGUAUUUGGUCAUACACUAACAAUGCGGCUCAAUUAGUUGCACAAGGUUAUGCUUGGCCAGCUAUUUAUGGACCACCUAUAACGUUGAAUACUUGGACACAUAUCUCAUGGACAUUCUCGUUAACUAAUGGAUAUCGAUUGUAUGUUAACGGAGUUUAUUUCGGCACAACUGGUUAUUAUUCGUAUACAGGAACUUCUAGCGUGAUCAAUUGGUUACAAAUUGGAUACAAUUUUGCUUGCUCAAGUGUUUAUAUUACAAAUGCUGCCUUUCAAGGAAUUAUUGAUGAAAUUUAUGUUUAUAAUCGAGAAAUUACGGCAACAGAAGUCUAUGAACUCGCCAAUCCAUAA